AACACAACCUUUUCCUUUGUUUUAUGGAAGUGAGAAAAACAGAACAGUGAGACAGAGAAGAGAGAGAGAGAGUUUCAGAGCAACCUCUUAGCUUCGUCAUUGUACCUUUCCAAAUUUGCCUUUGCCUUUUUCCUUGUUCCCAGCUCCUUCUUUUACAAAGGUUUGAUUUUUGGAUUUGUUGAAGUGCUGAUAAUAGCUUCGAGGGAGUUGACCGAGUUCUUCUUCAGUUAAGAGGAUGGUUCUGUGAUUGGGUUCACUGAGAGGAGUGUGCUGAAGAUUAAGGGUGUGGUGAAGAUCAAUGGAUUGGAAGAGAUCUGCUUCGGAGUGCCAGAGAGUAAAGAUCUGUGGACAAGUUCUGUUGGGAAUUUUGUUGAUCUGCAUAAUUCACACUUCUUGUGCCAUCACCGAUCCCACUGAUGUUGCUGCAAUUAAUAGCUUAUAUGUUUCACUGGGAUCCCCUGUUCUUCCUGGGUGGGUUGCUAGUGGAGGAGAUCCAUGUGGAGAAGGGUGGCAAGGCAUUCUGUGUAAUGGGUCAUUCAUACAAAAAAUAGUUCUAAAUGGUGCAAAUUUGGGAGGAGAACUGGGAGAUAAACUGUCAACUUUUGUUUCAAUCUCAGUAAUUGAUCUAAGCAACAACAACAUUGGAGGAAAUAUUCCAUCUAGUUUGCCAGUUACCAUGAAAAACUUUUUUCUUUCAGCCAAUCAGUUUACUGGAAGUAUUCCAACCACUUUAUCCACUCUGGCUGGACUGACAGACAUGUCUCUUAACAACAAUUUCUUAACUGGCGAAUUACCGGAUGCUUUUCAGUCACUUACGCAAUUGAUCAAUCUUGAUUUAUCGCAUAAUAAUUUGAGUGGAGCAUUGCCUUCUUCUAUGGAUAACUUGUCAUCUCUGACCACCCUACGCUUACAAAACAACCAAUUGUCUGGGACACUUGAUGUCUUACAAGACCUUCCUCUGAAAGAUUUGAAUAUUGAGAACAACCAGUUUGCUGGCCCAAUACCACCAAAGUUGCUGAGCAUCCCAGCCUUCAGGCAAGCUGGAAACCCAUUUAAUGUUAAUGGUACAACACCUCCAGCUUCUUCACCUCGCUCCCCAGCAAUAGCACCACCAGGAACUCCCAUUUCUGGGGCACCACCGGGAACUCCCACCUCUGGGUCACCACCAUCUUCUGGCCGCGUACCUACUAAACAGGCCGAUGGACCAGCUGCAGCAAAUGAAUCGCACACUGGGAAAUCCAAAAAUUCCACAAAAAAGGUGGUUUGGAUAUCUAUUGGUAGUGUGUUAGGAUUCAUUAUUUUGUUACUAGGAUUCGUUCUCUUUAUUCCAAGAUGCAGCAGAAGAGAACGGGAUGGCAGAAGGUCCAAACAUCAAAUUGGUGCGUAUGGGGCUGAAAGGGAAAUGACCAGGGAUAACGGGAGUUCAGUCCAACCACCUAGUCAAAUGGAAAAAGUACCAGUAGGGGAUGUUCCAAGGCCAAAAGAGGACCAUCAGGCAGAGAAUAGGAUAGCCUGGGCUAAUCCAAGGCAAAACGAAGGUCGUCAGGCAGAGAUCAGGACAGUCUCGGCUAUUCCAAAUCCACAUCCAAAUCCACGGAGUAAGCAAGAGAAUGAUGUGCAAAGAAUGGCAACAAUACCAAAGCCAAGAGAUCAUGAGAUAGAUAUUAGUACACUAGAAGUAUAUUCAAUGCCUCCUCCCCCNCCNCCCCCNCCCCCCCCCCCCCCCCCCCCUCCUACUACUGAGAAGGUGACUGUUGAGCCAGCCACAUCCCGCAGAGCAACUAACGUCACUACGCACAAAAAGAGUGCAGUUCCUCCGACUUUUGCGAAGUUUUUUGGUAUUGCAUCCCUUCAACAGUAUACAAAUAGCUUUUCUCAAGAAAAUCUUAUAGGAGGAGGCAUGCUUGGUAAUGUGUAUAGAGCCGAGCUUCCUAAUGGCAAGUUUCUUGCUGUAAAGAAACUGGAUAAGAGAGCUUCGGAAAACCAGAAGGAUGAUGAAUUUCUUGAAUUGAUCAAUAGUAUUGACAGAAUAAGGCAUGCAAAUGUUGUUGAGCUUGUCGGAUACUGUUCCGAGCAUGGUCAGAGGCUUCUUAUAUAUGAGUACUGCAGUAAUGGGUCACUGUAUGAUGCACUCCACUCAGACGAUGACUUCAAAACCACACUCUCAUGGAAUACUAGAAUUCGAAUAGCUCUUGGGGCAGCCAGAGCCUUAGAAUAUCUGCAUGAGCUAUGUCAGCCUCCUGUAGUACAUAGAAAUUUGAAGUCUGCCAAUAUUCUGCUUGAUGAUGAUCUAUCCGUGCGGGUCUCUGAUUGUGGUUUAGCUCCAUUAAUAGCUUCAGGAUCAGUCAGUCAGCUCUCGGGGAACCUGUUAACUGCUUAUGGAUAUGGAGCUCCUGAAUUUGAGUCUGGAAUAUACACAUACCAAAGUGAUGUGUACAGCUUUGGAGUGAUCAUGUUAGAACUUUUGACUGGCCGUCAGUCCCACGACAGGACACGUCCCCGGGGUGAGCAGUUUCUGGCCAGAUGGGCAGUUCCCCAACUUCAUGAUAUUGAAGCCUUAACGAACAUGGUUGACCCUGCUUUGAAUGGAAAUUACCCAGCAAAAUCAUUGUCAAAUUUUGCAGACAUUAUCUCUAGAUGCCUUCAGUCCGAGCCUGAAUUUAGGCCAGCAAUGUCCGAGGUUGUCUUAUACUUACUAAAUAUGAUAAAGAAGGAGUCUCAGCUAGGUGAAUCAAAUGAAAAAUGAGAAUGGUGAUGACAUUUGUUUGUGAAUUACUCCUAAUGUGCACAGAAUCACUUGAUGAGUUUCAACUAGUAGAGAUUUCAUGUCAUGGGAGCCCAAUUAGUUGUCUCCAUGCUUCAUUAUUUCCUACUAACCUAUUCAACAUUCAAUGUCAAGUUCUACCAGGAGAUUUUGUCCUAUCAACAUAAGAGAAUUGAAUUGUUGUGAUCAACACUUGUAUCUGUAGCCAUCGUAUCUCAUAAUUUCAUAGUUGAUUAGACUACUGCCAUGUUAGUAUUGUAGAGGUGUGCUAACUAACCCAUUUGUUUUGAUAAUUAUUUCCAAAUUCUUGAUAGUGAUGUAAUUUCGUGAUGGCAUCCAUGUGCUUUUUAGGUUUAUCCUUCACAAUAAAAAUUUGUCGAUCAUUUGUACCAAAUCAUAGAUACGCAUUGUAACUUGAUAUUUAUUGUUUUUUUGUACACUUAAAAAUUAUAUCUAUUGUUUACUUGUGCUGUGCC